GGGGGCAGGGAUGGGGCAGGUGGGGAAGGCUCCUGCUUGAGCAAUUGCAUCAGGCCCAGGCUGAGCAUAAAGGAGGGUCCUGUGGGCUGGGAGGAGGCAGACUCGGGGACCAUGGAGACCCAGAGGGCCAGCCUCUCCGUGGGCCGCUGGCCACUGUGGCUACUGCUGCUGGGACUAGCGGUGCCUUGGGCCAGCGCCCAGGCCCUGAGCUAUAGGGAGGCGGUGCUUCGAGCUGUGGAUCGCCUCAAUGAGCAGUCCUCAGACCCCAAUCUCUACCGCCUCCUGGAGCUGGACCUGCCGCCCAAGGCUGACGAGGACCCAGAUGCCCCGAAGCCUGUGAGCUUCACGGUGAAGGAGACCGUGUGUCCCAGGAGGACACAGCAGCCACCGGAGCAGUGUGACUUCAAGGAGAAAGGGGUGGUGAAACAGUGUGUGGGGACAGUCACUCUGGACCAGUCCAGGGACCAACAGGACAUCACCUGUGAUGAGCUUCAGAGUGUUAGGAGCAUUCGCCGGCCACGGCUGCCAAGGCCAAGGGUGCCACGUCCAUAUAUCCCACCAAGGAUACCAAGGCCAGUAUUGCCGCCACCAAGGUUUCCUAUUCCAAGGUUUCCGAGAGGAAGGUGAAUGCUUUGCUGAUAACUGUCCCAUAAAGGCCGAAGGAAGACUACAGAGGGUUUGCCUGCCCCGGGUCAGGACCUGGACAU